GGUAUCAUUAAAUCCAGUUAGAAUUCUUAAGCAUGAAGCGGAGGAGGAAAAAGGAGAAAUUGCUCGUAUGAGCAUGUUCGCAGGUGCCACUGUAAUCGGUGACUUGCUCAAAUCAACCCUGGGUCCCAAAGGAAUGGACAAAAUUCUAGUAUCGUCAGGAAGAAACAGCGACCAGGUCCAGGUUACCAAUGACGGAGCAACCAUUUUGAGGAACAUUGGAGUUGAUAAUCCUGCAGCUAAGAUUUUGGUUGAUAUGUCCAGAGUUCAAGAUGAUGAAGUUGGAGAUGGAACUACUACUGUCACUGUUUUUGCAUCGGAGUUGAUAAAAGAAGCUGAAAAAUUAAUCGAGCAGCGUAUCCACCCUCAGACAAUAAUCGCAGGUUGGCGAGACGCAACUCAAGUAGCCCGCGAGGCACUCGAAGCCUCUGCAAUCGACAACAGCGCAGACUUUGAGCGGUUCUGCGAGGACCUUCUGAACAUCGCGCGCACCACAUUGUCCUCUAAGAUCCUGGCCCAGCACAAGGAGCACUUUGCUAAACUUGCAGUUGACGCUGUUCUGCGUCUCAAAGGGAGCGGAAAUCUCUCAGCUAUUCAGAUCAUAAAGAAGCGAGGCGCCACUCUCGCAAACUCCUUCCUUGACGAAGGGUUCCUCCUGGACAAGACUCCUGGUGUUCAUCAGCCCAAGAAGAUCCAGGACGCCAAGAUCUUGAUUGCCAACACUCCCAUGGACACUGAUAAAAUUAAAGUCUUUGGAUCCAAGGUCCGAGUUGACUCUCUGGCGAAGAUUGCCGAGCUGGAAGUCGCUGAGAAAGAAAAAAUGAAGGACAAGGUCGAUAAAAUUGUAAAACAUGGAUGCAAUGUUUUUAUUAACCGGCAAUUGAUUUACAAUUAUCCAGAACAACUUUUUGCCGAUGCUGGAGUCAUGGCUAUCGAGCAUGCUGACUUUGAUGGAAUUGAACGUCUUGCUUUAGUUACUGGAGGAGAAAUUGUCAGUACUUUUGAUCAUCCUGAGAUGGUCAAAUUGGGAAAAUGCCAAUUGAUUGAAGAGUUCAUGAUCGGCGAGGACACACUCCUGCGUUUCUCAGGAGUCCCACUGGGAGAAGCCUGCACAGUAGUAAUCCGUGGAGCGACCCAACAAAUCCUCGACGAAGCAGAGCGUUCAUUGCACGACGCCCUGUGCGUUCUGACCUCUACAGUAAAAGAGUCUCGCAUCGUCUACGGCGGGGGUUGCAGCGAGAUGUUGAUGGCAGUCGCGGUGAUGAAAGCAGCAGCCAAAACUCCUGGCAAAGAAGCCGUCGCCAUGGAGGCCUUUGCUCGCGCUUUGCAAUUGAUGCCUACUUACAUCUCCGACAACGCUGGCUACGACUCUGCUCAGCUGAUCAACGAGCUCCGUGCUGCCCACUACUCGGGAUCUUCCUCAAUGGGUCUGGAUAUGGAGCAGGGUAAGAUCGGGUGCAUGAAAAAACUCGGUAUCACUGAGUCCUGGGCUGUCAAGCGCCAAGUUCUUCUCAGUGCUGCCGAAGCCGCUGAGAUGAUUCUUCGUGUUGAUGACAUUAUCCGUGCUGCUCCACGCAAGCGCGUUCAAGAUCGCGGACAUUGUUAA